AUGGUUGAUGGGAAGCGGCAGAGCGGCGUGGUGUCACCUCCGGACGGAGGAUGGGGCUGGGUGAUCGUCGGCUGCUGCUUCAUGAUGACGGUCUGCACGCGAGCUGUGACCAGGUGUGUCUCCAUCUUCUUUGUGGAGUUUCAAGGACAUUUUGGAGCCGACUACUCUUCGACGGCCUGGAUCCACAGCCUGGUGGACUGCACCACCAUGCUCUGUGCUCCUGUCGGCAGCCUGGUUGGUAACCGUUGGUCCUGCCGGGCGGCAGUGAUGCUCGGUGGGCUCCUUUCCUCCUGCGGGCUCCUCAUCAGCUCCUUCGCCACCAGCCUGGAGCUUCUCUACCUCUCCAUGGGAGUCCUGACAGGUCUAGGCUUCGCUCUCUGUUACACUCCGUCCAUUGCCAUGGUUGGCUGUUACUUCCACCGGCGGAAGGCGUUGGCGUACGGCCUCGCCAUGUCGGGCAGCGGGAUCGGCACCUUCAUCUUGGCGCCGGCGGUGCAGGUGCUAAUUGAGCUGUACUCGUGGAGGGGGGCGCUGCUCAUCCUCAGCGCCUUCGUCGCCAACCUGUGCGUCUGUGGGGCGCUGCUCCGACCAAUCAAACUGCGGGAGGAUGAGGCGGAGGGGGAGGGAGAGGAGGGGGAGUCAGUGGGGGAGGAGAGACUUGGUAUCAUUUCGUCGCAGGACGCCGAGCUCGCAAUAAAACUGUCCAAAGAGGAGGACAGCCUCUUGUCGUGGUGCUUCAGCUCCUGCUUCCUGUCCAGUAAGGAGUACCGUUUCCUGCUGCUGCCAGACUUCCUGGGCCUGGCCGUGUCCUUCCUGUUCCUGGCCAGCGGCUGCAGCCUCCCGUUCGUCUACAUGGUGCCCUACGCUCUGAGUGUCGGGGUCCGCCACCAGCAGGCCGCCUUUCUCAUGUCCAUCCUGGGAGUCAUCGACAUCGUGGGGAACAUCACCUUCGGCUGGCUGACGGACAGGAGGUGUCUGAAGCCGUACCGCCUGGCGUGCUACGUGUUCUCCGUUGGGAUGGAGGGUCUCUGCUGCCUCUUCACGCCGUUGCUUCGUUCCUUCCCUCUCCUCGUGCCCUUUGCCGUCCUCUACGGUUACUUCGACGGCGCCUACGUGGCGCUGAUCCCCGUGGUGACGUCAGACCUGGUGGGAGCUCCGUACCUGUCCUCGGCGCUGGGUGUGGUCUACUUCCUCCAUGCCAUCCCCUACCUCAUCAGCCCGCCAAUCGGAGGUUGGCUGGUUGACGUCACAGGAAGUUACACGCCCACCUUCUUCCUCAGUGGCGCCGCCAUGCUGGCCAGCUCGCUCGUCCUCGCCACCAUCAUCGGGAUCCGCCACUGCCGCCGCCGCCUGGCCGUCAUCAAGGACGCUAAGCACCAGCAACUCCCCCUAAGCCUGUCCAACCAAUCAGACUGCUUCAUCGCCUUCAACAAGGAGGUGGUCAGCAGCAGUGUUGCGUCGUAGCCUUAGAGGAAAGGACCAAUCGUAUUUAUCAACACCAGAGAGACGUCUGGUGACGAGGGCUGUGAUUGGCCGACAUAGACGUCACACAGACACUUCAUAGGAAGUAGAUUUAUUUAGAGACUGCUGAAAGCCAGCUGAGUGUCAACCCAGACACUGUGAACGACUUUUAUUUUGUAGCCACGGGAACUCAACUUCCUGCCUCUUUUUGUUUGUUUUAAAGCUACAUGCCGGUCACAUGACCGCAAUGGACACCUAGACGAUCCGACGGGUUAAACAAAGAGACGGACGACAGGCAGACGCUAAUGCGAGCAACAGGCUAACAGGCAGACGCUCGUCUUCUCAAACAGGAAAUAACAAAAAAAUGCAAAUAGGAAAUGU